UGUUGUGUGUGUGUGUUUUAACUUGUGGUCCUCUGUAGCCUCAGCUGGUAGAGCAUGGCGCUUGUAAUGCCAAGGUAGUGGGUUUCGAUCCCCGGGACCACCCAUACACAAAAAUGUAUGCACACAUGACUGUAAGUCGCUUUGGAUAAAAGCGUCUGCUAAAUGGCAUAUUAUUAUUAAAUUAUUAUUAUAUUAUUAUAAUAGAUGCAAAGCACUGAAUAUUUAAAUUCAUGCUUUUCAAAAUUCAUUUUGUAACUUUGCCCCGGAAGCAUUUAACUGCAGGGCACUCCCACAUCAUAUGAAGGAAUGCGUCUACCUGAUUUAGGGCACGCAGUGAACAGUUGGGAGUUGGGGCCAAUUUCAUGAUAAAACAUUUCCUUGGUGUUAAAUACUGUCUGUGAACAAACUUAACAUGUAUAAAUUGAUGGUUUUGGAUUACGGGAUGCCAAGGUCAUAUUUUUCCAAUAUUCUGUUCCAGUUAAAGGGUUGUUCAGCUUAUAUUAGAUCUGUUGGCCAUACUUUUUUAAUGGCUAGCUAAGAAUAUGAUCUUUACAAAAGUUGUUCAAAAGAGAUUAGUCCUUUACGAAGCCCAGAUAAUGUAUUUAUGAAUCCCAUCAUUGGAUGGUUCGGUAGUUGGGUUUCCAAAGGGACUCCAUAGGCCAGUAUGUCUGACCUAAAUUGUAAAUAUAGAAAAAGGAGUUGCCUGGUAAUGUGUAUGUUUCUUUCAAAAUCUCGGAAUGUUCUCAAAACCAUUAGUGUCCAUGAUAUCGCCAAGGGUACGGAUUCCACAUUUGGACCAUUGGGGGGAUGCAAAAAGCCGCCCUCCAGAUCGCAAGGCAUCAUCGUGAAAUAUUGAAGUAUGGGCACGACAUUUGGUUUCCCAAAUAAAUUGUUUUUCAGUUUUGCACCAAAUAGAAAUUGUGUGAGCAGUAAUAGGACCAAAGCGUAGCUGACAUUGUUUAAGGGAUAUAUCAGUGGAGACCACCUCUUCCAGGGCAAUAGGAGACACCAUAUUACAUUGUUUAAGGGAUAUAUCAGUGGAGACCACCUCUUCCAGGGCAAUAGGAGACACCAUAUUACAUUGUUUAAGGGACAUAUCAGUGGAGACCACCUCUUCCAGGGCAAUAGGAGACACCAUAUUACAUUGUUUAAGGGACAUAUCAGUGGAGACCACCUCUUCCAGGGCAAUAGGAGACACCAUAUUACAUUGUUUAAGGGACAUAUCAGUGGAGACCACCUCUUCCAGGGCAAUAGGAGACACCAUAUUACAUUGUUUAAGGGACAUAUCAGUGGAGACCACCUCUUCCAGGGCAAUAGGAGACACCAUAUUACAUUGUUUAAGGGAUAUAUCAGUGGAGACCACCUCUUCCAGGGCAAUAGGAGACACCAUAUUACAUUGUUUAAGGGACAUAUCAGUGGAGACCACCUCUUCCAGGGCAAUAGGAGACACCAUAUUACAUUGUUUAAGGGAUAUAUCAGUGGAGACCACCUCUUCCAGGGCAAUAGGAGAGACACCAUAUUACAUUGUUUAAGGGAUAUAUCAGUGGAGACCACCUCUUCCAGGGCAAUAGGAGACACCAUAUUACAUUGUUUAAGGGACAUAUCAGUGGAGACCACCUCUUCCAGGGCAAUAGGAGACACCAUAUUACAUUGUUUAAGGGACAUAUCAGUGGAGACCACCUCUUCCAGGGCAGUAGGAGACACCAUAUUAUAUUGUUUAAGGGAUAUAUCAGUGGAGACCACCUCUUCCAGGGCAUAGGAGACACCAUAUUACAUUGUUUAAGGGACAUAUCAGUGGAGACCACCUCUUCCAGGGCAUAGGAGACACCAUAUUACAUUGUUUAAGGGACAUAUCAGUGGAGACCACCUCUUCCAGGGCAAUAGGAGACACCAUAUUACAUUGUUUAAGGGACAUAUCAGUGGAGACCACCUCUUCCCAGGGCAAUAGGAGACACCAUAUUACAUUGUUUAAGGGACAUAUCAGUGGAGACCACCUCUUCCAGGGCAAUAGGAGACACCAUAUUACAUUGUUUAAGGGACAUAUCAGUGGAGACCACCUCUUCCAGGGCAAUAGGAGACACCAUAUUACAUUGUUUAAGGGACAUAUCAGUGGAGACCACCUCUUCCAGGGCAAUAGGAGACACCAUAUUACAUUGUUUAAGGGACAUAUCAGUGGAGACCACCUCUUCCAGGGCAUAGGAGACACCAUAUUACAUUGUUUAAGGGACAUAUCAGUGGAGACCACCUCUUCCAGGGCAAUAGGAGACACCAUAUUACAUUGUUUAAGGGACAUAUCAGUGGAGACCACCUCUUCCAGGGCAAUAGGAGACACCAUAUUACAUUGUUUAAGGGACAUAUCAGUGGAGACCACCUCUUCCAGGGCAAUAGGAGACACCAUAUUACAUUGUUUAAGGGACAUAUCAGUGGAGACCACCUCUUCCAGGGCAAUAGGAGACACCAUAUUACAUUGUUUAAGGGACAUAUCAGUGGAGACCACCUCUUCCAGGGCAAUAGGAGACACCAUAUUACAUUGUUUAAGGGACAUAUCAGUGGAGACCACCUCUUCCAGGGCAAUAGGAGACACCAUAUUACAUUGUUUAAGGGAUAUAUCAGUGGAGACCACCUCUUCCAGGGCAAUAGGAGACACCAUAUUACAUUGUUUAAGGGACAUAUCAGUGGAGACCACCUCUUCCAGGGCAAUAGGAGACACCAUAUUACAUUGUUUAAGGGACAUAUCAGUGGAGACCACCUCUUCCAGGGCAAUAGGAGACACCAUAUUACAUUGUUUAAGGGACAUAUCAGUGAGACCACCUCUUCCAGGGCAAUAGGAGACACCAUAUUACAUUGUUUAAGGGACAUAUCAGUGGAGACCACCUCUUCCAGGGCAAUAGGAGACACCAUAUUACAUUAUUUAAGGGACAUAUCAGUGAAGACCACCUCUUCCAGGGCAAUAGGAGACACCAUAUUACAUUGUUUAAGGGACAUAUCAGUGGAGACCACCUCUUCCAGGGCAAUAGGAGACACCAUAUUACAUUGUUUAAGGGACAUAUCAGUGAAGACCACCUCUAUUUCUCUCUAUACUCAGACGGGGGGUGGAAGAAUCAUGUCUAAACCAGUUUAGGAUGGGGCGAAAUGCUAGUGCCUAGAAAUACCAUUUAAAGUUUGAUAAGGAUAGUUCUCAUACAGCUUUCCCUCUUUGUAAAUGUAUUAAUUUUUAUCCGGGAUCGUUUACCUUGCCAUAUACUGUAAAUGUUUUAACCGCACUAUGAAUUUUAUCCCGAUAGCCAAAAAGGGGAGACAUGGGAAGCAUUGAACUACAGAAAUUCAGCCGUGGCAAUAUAUACAUUUUGACAAUAAAUAUUCUGCCGGUUAAAGCAACUGGGAUAUUGUUCAAUCUACUGAGGUCAGAUUGAAUUUAUUUGAGCAUUCUGUUAAAGUUUCUGGCAAUGGUUUUGUCUAAGAAAGGAAAUAUAUCUAUUCCCAAAUAUUUAAAACGGGAAGCGGUUGGGAUUCUAUAAGUAGAGUUGGAGUCUUGGGAGGCAGUAAGGCUGAUUUAGUUACAUUCAUUUUAUAACUUGAGAUGAAGCUGAAUGUAUCUAUGAUCUUUAACGUGAUUAUUCUAUCCUAUCAUAUUCUAGUCAUUGUUAGUACUUCGGACAGCAAGUUUUUCCUAGUAGUAUUCUUCUUACGGUCUCUUCUCACAUUCCCCAGAUGCCACCAGAACGACCUGGAGAACAUAAUUCCGUUCGUAGUGAUUGGCCUGCUGUAUACCCUGACGGGGCCAGACCUCUCCACUGCUCUGCUCCACUUCCGGGUGUUUGUUGGUUCCAGGCUCUGCCACACCGUGGCCUACGUCCUCCCCCUGCCCCAGCCCAGCAGAGCUCUGGCUUGGAUGGUUGGCAUGGGUGCUACCUUCUCCAUGGCAUACAGGGUGCUAAGCACAGCCCACCUCUGAAGAGGCGAUCAAUCAAUUAAUCCAGAUUGAUUGAUUAAACGUUUUCAGAUGGCCUAAAAUAGUCUUCGGGACUCUCCACACAUUUAGCAGAUGUGGGUCAAAUAGGCUACAUAAUGUUAAAUACUCGACAGUGCUUGAUUGAACAUGGAGAUUGCACUUCUGGGACUAUUCUAUUGGUUCGGUUGUAUCACUAGACUAACUUGACAUUCCCUGCACGUUUUGUUUUGAACUCAGCACUGAAUUGUAUCUGUGCAAAAAAGUAUAAUAUCAGCAAAAAUAAUUAAACUAAACUUAGGGCUCGAUUCAAUCCGUUUCACGGAAGUUCAGUGCUACAGCGCAAUAGUAAUUGAAUGUUCCUGCGGCUACUGCAUUCACGGUAAACGCUGCA